AAAUGGUAGUUUCUCAUCUUUGACUGAAUAUACCAAUUGAUCUUUUGUGGUGAUGCCAUUGCGAUCUUCCAGUACGGCAUGUGGCGGAUUCUGUCAUUAAUAUUACUGCUGCUUUGGAUCCUGCAAGGCUCUUUGGGAGUUAUACGGGAGGAAUGUGAAGAAGGUUGGAAGCUGUUCGGGUUUAAUUGCUAUCGGUUCUUUCCGGACCCCACAGAUUUCCAGUCGGCGAAGGAUAGCUGUGAGAAUCACAACUCCACUUUGUCCAGCGUGUGGAGUGAGGCGGAGAGGAAGUUCAUCAUCAGAAGCGUCUGGAAGAUUACCCGGCGCGACAAGUCGGCGUGGCUGGGGCUUGUCGGUGACAGUGACGAUACCUGGAAGUGGUUAGACGGAUCUCACCUAGACGACCCUAGCAAAUGGCCAAGUAUUAACCCAGAGGACUGUGGUGCUAUCAACGGCUGGAAUGCUGUCUCCAAAUACAACUGUUAUAAUCAACUACUCGCCGCUUACGUCUGCAAAAAACCUCUGAUAAUGAUGUAUGGAAUAGGAAGUCUGAACAACCUAACCAUUCCUCAAAGUCAGCCUAAUAUGCGAACAACCAAAGUAAUUUUGUUCGAACGAGUUCCGGCGCCGAGGAACACGGAGUACACCCAAAGAAACAAACUCCUAGCGACAAUCAAGGUAACCACGGAAACAGACUGUGCCUAUCAUUGCUUUCAAAGAGACGACUGUAAAGGGUUUAAACUCAUCUGCCUUUUAAACACGAAGUGCCAAUACUUUGCUUGUAUUCUGCUUUCCUUUGGAAACACAAUACGUCCGUAUAAAUAGUUGCAGUCAGGUUUGUGUCAUAUAUUU